AACAGAAAAAACAAAAUCCGAAUCAAAAUUCUCAAAUAGCCGAUUUUGAGCAAAUUCGAUGCUUAACGAAAGGGUUUAAUGGCGACGAGAUUCGAUGUGAAGACGAUCGUCAAGGACAAGAGAUUCUGGAUUGCUUCCUUCAUCAUCGUCUGGGCUGCUGGUCUUCAGGGUCACAUGAUGUGGCUGCAGAAGCAAGAAUCUUUCAAGCAGAAAUUUGGAACAAUCGAUGAAGACGACCACAAGUGAUUCAUGACUUUAUUACGUCUCUGAAACUGCUUUCUUUUUUUGUAUUUGUGAGUCUUGAGGAAGAGUUAGAUUUGUAUGAAAUUUAAUCAUACAGACUCUGGCUUACUAUCUCCAAUGGUUAAUUUGCCAAAUGCUAGUAGUUUUUGAUUGCUAGAGAUGUCUCUGUAUUUUGAGAUUUUAUAGUAUUUCAGCUUGAGCUUUGUUUAGUGGACUAGUUCGAGAUGCUUUAUAGUGAUACUUCCUCUCAGUUAGCAGCAAACCAACCAUCUUUCUCCCGAAACAUUUCCUGUGAGGUUGAACAACAAAUUUCAGAAAAGGGCUUGUGGUGAGUCAAAGGUUAAGUUUUGGUGUUGUUUCAGAAGAUUUACUUCAGUGAAGCUUGUAGUGUAGAGAUUGUUGAAUCAACUAUAACUGAGAGGCAGUGUACUGAAGAAUGAAGCAUGAUAGAGUUAUGAAUGUAGUCUCUGUAGUUUUGUGACUCGUAGUUGUAGGAUUAUGUACUAGUCAAAUUUGAGAAAUCAAGAACUAGAGCCUGUUUUAUACUAAGAGUUAUGGAUAGUGGAACUAGAUAUAGGCCUAGUGUUGUUGCUUAGAAGAAGUGAGGAUCUUGGAUUGAGAAUUUUGGAUGUUUUCUUUGGGAUUUGUUUCACUGUUGUCAAAUUUUUGAAGCUUUGAAGCAUUAUCUUGUUGCUUCUUAAAUCAACCAUCGACUGUAUCAGAAAAGCACCAAAAUU